CACAAACCAGCACCGAAACCUUCUCCCCCCCUCCCCUUUCCCAACAUCCGAGCGGACAGCGGUAGUAGAGAGCUACUCCUAUCGCAAUACCGACCGACGAUCAAAGAUGGCGGCGCCCGAGGUCCAUCACCUGUUCCACAAUCCGAUUGCCGACCACUCGUUCUCGGCCGAUCGUCAGACGCUCGCGGUUGCGCGCGACACGACGGUCGAGCUCUACGGCAGGGUCGGAAACGCAUUCAAGCUCAAGGACGAGCUCAAGGGCCACGACAAGACGGUGACCAGCAUCGACAUCGCCCCUAACUCGGGCCGCAUCGUGUCGUGCUCGCAGGACCGCAACGCGCUGGUCUGGGAGCCGACCCCGCAGGGCUACAAGCCGACCCUCGUCCUGCUGCGCAUCAACCGCGCCGCCACCUUUGUCCGCUGGUCGCCGUCCGAGACCAAGUUCGCCGUCGGCUCGGGAGACCGCCUCAUCGCCGUCUGCUACUUUGAGGAGGAGAACGACUGGUGGGUCUCGAAGCACCUCAAGAAGCCGAUCCGCAGCACCGUCACCACCCUCGCCUGGCACCCCAACUCGGUCCUCCUCGCCGCCGGCUCGACCGACGCCCACGCCCGCGUCCUCUCCAGCUUCAUCAAGGGCGUCGACGCCCGCCCCGAGCCCACCGCCUGGGGCGAGCGCCUCCCCUUCAACACCGUCUGCGGCGAGUACAUGAACAACUCGGCCGGAUGGGUCCACUCCGUCGCCUUCUCCCCCAGCGGCGACGCCCUGGCCUUUGCCGCCCAUGACAGCAGCAUCACCGUCGUCUAUCCGAGCGCCCCCGAGCAGCCCCCGAGGGCGGUCAUCAGCAUCAACACGCAGCUGCUGCCCUUCAUGAGCCUGCUCUGGAACGGCGAGGCCGAGAUCAUCGCCGCCGGGUACGACUGCGAGGCCUUCCGCUUCAACGGCGGCAUCGACGGCUGGCAGCUGACCGGCGCCAUCGAGGCCAAGGGGCGGCCCGGCGGCCUGGGCAGCCAGCGCGAAGAGUCGGCCUUGAACAUGUUCAGGCAGAUGGAUCUCAAGGGCAAGGUCAAGGACGACACGCAGCUGAAGACGACUCAUCAGAACACCAUCACAAUGAUUCGUCCGUACGAGACGGCCGGGGGCUCGGUGCGCAAGUUUAGCUCGAGUGGUGUCGAUGGGCGCGUUGUCAUCUGGACGGUGUAAAUAUACGUUUUUAGACGCCGCGCCUGUAAAAUCAAAAACGUAUUUCUACUGGUCUGAGACACCACUUUGAACUCGCUCUUGUCAUUCUCGGGGUGAAUCGAGAGUCAAUAGCGUCGUUCCGAUUGGCAGUGCAGGGCCUGCCGGGGGCUUCCCUCCGCUCCUUGUCUACAAGUGUUAUUUGAAGGGCAGGUUUGCGAACGAUGGGGCAGGCGGUUGUGUGAGGUCGUUGGGGAGAGAUAGUGGAUUAGGGGCGGUUUGAAAACUGGUUCCCCAAGAGUUGGUUGGGAUAGGACCUCGAAAUAUUCCUCGUGGUCCUUUGCUCUGAAACGUUGCCUACGACUGCCGGCUUGGCAAUGGAAGUGCCUAGUCCGUCUCUGCGAUGGCUCAAGCACCCCUGAGUAGCGCACGCUCACCGCACUGCUAUGAACUCAUGGGACGGGAAUACAUACAAUCUAGGACGCCGUGGCGAGGCCCGCGGUUUACUCUACCACCCUCUGCCGAACUACGCGCUCUCUUUCCCUCUG